AUAAAUCCCACUAGAAACCCAUCAUUUUCCUAGUUUUUCCAUUUCUACGAGUGAACUUCGAGAAUCAGUUUCUCAUUCACCCGUUAUCCGUUUUGAAUGUACCAUAUAUCGAAUAGCCUUAACAAGGACAAUCUGAAACCACUUUGACCCGACCCAAGUCGGAAGUGGACCCCACUAAAAAUAUUGCCACAAAUUGACCAUUUAAUGCAAUUUUUAACACAUUUUUCCAACAAUCCCCCACAUGAAUGAAAAUUGAUUUCGAGACUUAAAAAAAGACACGAAGAUAGGAGGACACAUUGUGUUCACCGCAUGAUCCUUGCAUAUGGAGAGAUAGGUUUUAUCCUUUGAACCUUCCACUGUAAAGACAUGUUUAUUUACUGGCUGUCUAGUAGACUCGAUGUCCUUGAACUAUACUGUCGUCGUGUCAACAUUGACUUAUCUUUACACAGGAACCUUCCAACUUUGUUCCGUUCUCAUGGGUGUGCCCGUUUUGACCAUGGGUCACCGUCCUGGUUAUGCAAGGGCCUGAAGAUGAACAUCUUCACCCCUGAAACCGUGGGUCGUGAGAUGAUCAUCUCCACUUCAGAGGCCAUGGGCCUGGAGACGAUCAUCUCCACUUCAGAGGCCAAGGGCCUGGAGACGGGCAUCUUCACCCUUGAGCAUCUCCACUUCUUAGCUCAACGCCUGUAGACGAGCAUCUUCACCCGUGAGACGACCAUCGCCACUUCAGAGGCCAAGGGCCUGGAGACGAUCAUCUCCACUUCAGAGGCCGGGCCUGGAGACGAUCAUCUCCACUUCAGAGGUCAAGGACCUGGAGACGAGCAUCUCCACUUCAGAGGCCAAGGGCUUGGAGACAAUAAUUUUGACGAUUGUUCAGUUCCAAUUUGAUUUCCCGGCGACAAUCUAUCUCCAACGAAUCUAAAAAUGAAAGAUGAAGUGGGAAAAAUGAAAAACGAUGAAGAUUAAAAUGAUAAAGGUGGGAGAUGGUGAAGGGGAUUAAAGAUGACGCAAGAUGAUGAAAAUGGAAGGUGAGAAAAAUGAAUGUGAUGAAGAUGAAAAUGGAAGAAAAGAGAAACAGAAAGAGAACGGAGGAGGAGGGAUUAUAGGAGAGAGGGAGGGAAAAGGGAGAAGACAUGUUUUUUGGGUACAUAAAGUGGGUAUAAAGUAAGCAAAAUUGAAUAUGAUAUGGUGAGACUUUUUUAUGUCAUAAUGUUAAUGGAAUGGACGUAAUACUACAUAAUUCAUUAGUUUCUCAUUCUUUAUUACUUCAUCCGUCCUGCAAAGAACUUCCCUGUUUGACCUACACACAUAUUAAGGAAAUAAACUUACCAGGGGGUAAAUUUUACUGUUUUGAGACUGUUUCAACACUGUUUUGCACUAUUUGAUAGUGUUUCGCACUGUUUGACAUUGUUUUGAUGUAGAUAACUUCCCAUUUAGGAAAAUGAGAACUUCAUUUUGGGACUGCUAAAAAAGGAAAGCGAGAAGUUCUUUGCGGGACGGAGGGAGUAUAUCUUUUUGCUUCUCGCAAACUUUGCAUCUUUUAUUUCAUUAUUAUUGUCAACCGGACCAGUUUCGGGGUAGGUGGCCAGGUUCGGGUUAAACCGCCCGAUCUUAUGCUCAUAAGGCCAUAACAUAGGUCGUGGAGGCCCAAUUUAUCAAAGUUAGAAAAGAAAGUACACGCAUUCACAUGUAUGGAAUCUUUCGAAAAAUCGAUCAUUUUCCCCCGCACGCGAAAUUAAAACCUCUUCAUAUCUACUUUUAAGUUCCCGCCAUUGUUAUACAACUUCACAUGUACGCAUGUACAUCCAAGGCUGGCCCUGAGGGACUAGAAGCUGUGCGAUUGCACAGGGCCCCAAAAAAUAGAGGGCCUAAAUUUUGCUAAACACAACCACUAAAUUAAAUAGAAAUAAUUAAAAAUAAAUCAAAUAUCUUAAUUACCCUUAUCGAUACCUAACGAUCGUGUAAGUGAUCAACUACCUAUCCUCGCUCCUCCAAGAAAGCAAUAAACGCAGAAGAAACCUGGGAAGUUUAGUGCAAGCCUCGAACACAAAACGCAGACCUGGAAAGCUAAGAGGCAAAGGUGAAACGCAGAAAGCAUACUAGGAGGAGGCACAAUGCAAACCUAGAAUACAAAAACGCAGAAUCACACUAGCAGCCCGGGAAAGGCAGAAAAGAAGGAAGCAAGCAAUAAACGCAGAAAGCCAAAAAAAUGUUUCCCUAAUUCCACAUGAUGUGAGUACAAUAUCAUCAAUCAUUCCUAUAUGAUAAAAAAAUCAUCAAUCAUUCUUGCAUUAUCAUUCAUCCUUGUUCCUUUUGAGUUAUGACUAACUUUAUUGUCUACAUAGUACAUGAUUGAUCUCUCUUGUUUGUAUAUUAAUAUUGCUAUGUAAUAUAGUGGGGCAAUUGAUUACCUUAACUAGUAGCCAACUUUCAACGAUAUACAGAUUAAACAUAGAAAAAAAAAACAGGGCCAACCCAGGGCAAGUGUAGGCAGCCCGCUCGCACAGGGCCCAUAAUUUCCAAGGGCCAAGAAAUGCGAACUCAUUAGGUAGUUCAAAGACAUAAAUUCCUUAAUUCCUUAACUAAAUCUAUUGUAGUUAAAUCAUCCAUAAAUUACACUAACAACAUUAUUUUACUGAAUUAGUUUUUAUAGUUGUUAUCGAUCGCAUAUCUGAAUGAGUUCUUCUCCAAAACUAAAAAUGGAGAACAUGGAGCACAUGGUUUUCCAUGCACAAGUAAUUAAGGAUGAUGAUGAACAAGAAAUUGAUGAAUUUCAGAAUUUUAGUGGUGAAGAUAUGCCAGAUUCAAGCAAUGCCUUUGGAGCAUUUCAUACUGAUAAAGUGUUUACAAGUAAAGAUGAAUUGCUUACAUGGGCCAAAGAAACCGGGAGAAAUCUAGGUUAUGUUAUUGUGAUUAGUUCUUCUUCAGCUAAAAACGGUGUAAAAAAGGCCAGACUGCAUCUUGGUUGUGAGCGUGGAGGAGCUUAUAAGAAUCCUAAAAAAGCAAAAAGCAAAGAAGCAUUAUCUCGUAAGAGGACAGGAACAAAAAAAAAUGGUUGUCCAUUUUUAUUGCAAGGCGUAAAAUUAGAAAAAGAUGACGAUUGGUCUAUAAAAGUUCUCUGCGACCUUCAUAACCAUCCUCCUGCUGCACAACUUGAAGGCCACUCUUUUACUAGAAGAUUAAGUAAAGAUGAAGAGACUAUACUGUUAGAUAUGACGAAGAAUAUGGUAAAACCGAGAAACAUACUAAUGACAAUAAAAGAGAAGAACGAGAAAAAUACUACUACGAUGAAGAGAAUAUAUAAUGUUCGUAAAAAACAUAGAAGGAUUGAGAGAGCUGGAAGAUCACAAAUGCAACAGCUUAUGAAAAGAUUAAAUGAUUAUAAGUAUGUGGAAUGGCAUAGGAGGAAUGAGUCAACUGAUUGUUUGACUGACUUGUUUUGGGCACAUCCUGCUUCUAUUAAUAUUUUACAUGCCUUUCCGUUGGUGUUGCUUAUGGACUGUACCUACAAAACCAAUCAAUAUGGCUUUCCAUUACUAGAGAUAGUUGGUGUGACAUGUACAGAUCUUACAUUUUCUAUAGCAUUCGUGUACAUGGAGGCUGAGCGUGAAGAAAACUACACAUGGGCAAUGGAGAAGCUAAAAGCAUUGAUGCUGUCAAAUAUUGUGCCUAAUGUAAUUGUCACCGACAGAGACUUGGCAUUGAUGAAAUCUAUUAAGACAGUAUUCCCUGAAACAAAAAAUCUUCUCUGCAGAUUUCAUAUCACAAAAAAUGUUCUUGCCAAUUCUAAAAAGUUGUUUAAAUGCAAAGAUGAGUGUGAUGAUUUCAUGGCAGCUUGGAGUGUCUUGAUAUUUUCUUCAAGUGAAAAGGAGUACACUAAAAACUUAGAUUCUAUUGAAAGUGACUACCAGAUGCAUCUUAGUCUCAUUCAAUAUGUAAGAGAUACAUGGUUGAAUCCAUAUAAAGAGAGAUUUAUAGCGGCCUGGACCAAUAAAAUCAUGCAUUUUGGCAAUUUGACAACAAAUAGAGCUGAGAGUGCACAUGCAAAGUUGAAGAAAUGGUUUGGCUCUAGUCAGUCAGAUUUUGAUUGUUCUUGGAUGAUAAUCAACGCUCUAAUUGAGUUGCAACACACUGAAAUUAGGGCUUCAUUUGAGCAAAGUCUAAAUGUGGUUGAACACAAUUUCAGACCUGCAUUGUUUAAAGACUUGCGCGGAUUAGUAUCACAAAAAGCAUUGAACUUAAUUCUGAUCGAGUCUGAAAGAGCAUCUACGGUUGGUGUCGACGCCAGUUUAUGUGGGUGUGUCAUGAGAAGCACACAUGGCUUGCCUUGUGCACAUGAAAUUGCGGAACAUGUCAGAUGUGCUCAACCCAUUCCAAUAUUAAAUAUUAAUCCUCAUUGGAUGAAAUUAAACUUGCAAAAACAUCAAGUAGGUGAAGUCUCAUUUGAAAUGAGUAUUGAUACUGAGAUGAGUUGCAUAUGGACACGAUUUCAUAUGUCUGAUCAAGCUGGAAAGCUGACAUUGAAGAGGAAGCUAAGAGAAUUAGGUGAUCCAGCAACGACAUUUCUAAUACCACCACCUCAAAAAGCUAAGACAAAAGGUCAUCCUCUUUUGAAGGCGACUUCAUCAACUCGGCGUGACCCUUCAUAUUUUGAAAUUGUUGACUCGGAAGUUGCUAAGCGUGACUGUGAAUUAAGUCAAAAAACUGUUCCAGUUCGAAAAGUGAAGAAGAAAACAGCCAGGAAAAAAUCCAAAAGUUUUCUAAAGUAUUUGAACUUUUUUCCAUCAUACUUACACCCAUAUAUCUUUGACAUAAUUGAUGUCAAGCCGGAUGGACAUUGCGGUUUUCGUGCUAUUUCUUCUCUACUGGGUUUUGGAGAAGACAAGUGGGCAACCAUUCGUGAAGAGUUGAUGGAAGAGUUGUGCAAUUAUCGACCUUUUUAUGUUAAGUUGUACGAGUCCGCUGAAAAUGUUGCUGAAUUACUUGAAGAAUUGUCUUAUUUCAAAGCUCCAGCACCGUAUAAGAAUUGGACGACUCUACCCGCCAUGGGUCAUUUGAUUGCUUCUAAAUAUAAUGUGGUCUUGAUCUACCUUUCUAAGUCGGUGUGUGACAUUUCUUCCUCUUCGAUCUAAUCCACCCAUAGAACAACACCAUAAGGUAUUAGUGUUGGGAUUUGUAAAUGGCAAUCACUUUGUUCAGGUUUUAAUGGAUCCUUAUGCGCCAAUACCUCCCAUUGUUGCAAAUUGGAAACAUUUUAGAUUUGACAUCGCAAUGGGGUGGGAGACCCCAUAGUUAGAUCAUAUUAAGGAAUUUAAUGCCAUACUUUCAGCCCAUGUGGGUGAUUGCGCUAAGGAAGUUAUUAACAUUGAAGAAAAUAUAUAGGAGUUGUCAGAUUCAGCAAAGUUUUGAUCAAUGUUGAACUAGUGGGAGAAGAAAGGCCUCACUCACAUUCAUUGCAGCAAUUGGAGUUUUUCAUUACUUUGUAGUCAUUAGCUUUUUAAGCAAUUUUUUAAAUAAGGGACAGUUGGAUGGAGAAACUUAUUUGAUAAGUUUGAACUAAUUCAUUAAGUUUUUUAAUUACGUUAGAUUUCACAAAAACUACUUGAGCUUCCAUGGGUAUGUUACCUAAUUAUUUUAUCAGCUAAAUGUCAAGCAAUAUGUAAAUAUCAGGAGGGUAUAUACGUAACAUUCAAAUCAG